UUCAUUAUAAUACAUCGCCCGCCACCGCCAUUUUGUUGCUAAAAGAAGCGGGAUUGCGGUACUUUGUUAUAAAUGCACGUGUACUGAGUUUUAUAAAAUUAUUGAAUAUUGAAUUAGAACAAAGUGUUAUAAGGAACAAAAUGGUGCCGCAAACAAAAGUUUUCGUCGGUAGCUUGCCCCAGGGCUCCAAGCCGGAGGAUCUUCGGAAGUUAUUCGAGCGGUUCGGAGUAGUCACUGAAUGUGACAUAAUGAACAGAUGCGGAUUUGUACAUAUGCAGACAGAGGAGCAGGCUGCGGCCGCCAUCCGCAGCUUAAACAAUACGACGUUCAAUGGAGGUGUUAUAACAGUAGAGAGAGGACGUAUCAAGGAACGGGGGCAACGCGGCGGCGGGGCACGCGGUGGUAUGCGAGGUGGAAUGAGAGGAUCGAUGGACCGGCGCUCCGGAGGACCGAUGCGCGGGGGUCCGCCGACCAGGGAUGCUCCUUACAUGAGGGACGCCCGACCAAUGGGUCCGAUGAGAGGAGGCGACAUGCGCGGGCCCCCUAUGGGUGGUGGAAUGCCAAUGCGGAACGGUAUGGGCGCUCCACCAUACGACCGAAGCAUGGAGCGACCCAUGGGCUAUGACGACCGCGGGUACAACGGCUACGGAGGCGAAGACCGGCGAGGAUUUGCACUGAUGGACGGGCGCGGCCGCGACCAGUACGGUGCUCCACCAAUGUACGACGACCGACGCGGGUACGCCGCGGAGGACAUGACAGGCAUGUACGCGGAGGAUAGACGCGCCGGCAUGUACGGCGACGAGAGAGACAUGAUAGACCGGCGAGCUCCGAUGCGGCCGGGACCCAUGCCCGCGGCUUAUGAACGGCCGCCGCCCCGCGCCGCGCCCAUCCCCGCUGCAGACAUGUUCAGCAGGCGCUCACCACCACCUAUGCGUGGCGCAGGGGGAGUUGCCGGCGGUUACGACAGAGACCCCUACGCACAGCAGUACCCACCAAUGGGCAGGGGGAGUCACGCGGGUUGGUAACUGUCUGUCGGUCUGGCCGCCGCGGCCGCCGCUCACGCCGAUACACAUAGGCAAUAAGGUUAACAUUUCGGGCCGGGCGAGGCACGGGGCGGUAUUUCUCAAUUUACAAUCAUAUGGAACACGUUACGAUAAAUGUGUAGCGAAGUUGUUUACUUCAUAACGUACCAAUUAUUACAUAAGAAUUUGUAGUUGUUAUAAUAAUGAGCAAACGACAAACACGUCGCCGGCCGCGGGGUUGUCUAGUUGCGUUCGUAACUUGAGUGGAUGUGUCCGCUCCCGCACGCUAAGCCGGUAGCCGGCAGCCAGUAGCCGGUAGACGGUAGCCGACAGCCAGUAGACGGUAGCCGGCAGCCGUAGAGUCGCCCCGCGGCCGAGCCCGCUCCGAUCGACCACAAUCAAAUUAUGUCAUCAUUUUGUAUUACAAUAAAGAUAAUAAAAUUAGCACCCGCGGUUUGAUUUACCCGCUGACGACGUCGUCGCCCGACUGAAUGUUAUAUUGAAAUUUAUUUUACGAGAUAUCGUUCUAGAAUAAUUCAAAUGUAUUUUAAGCUGUACCAUAAUUUACUUUAGAUUAAAUCCUUUACCAUUUUAUUUUAUUUUUUUAUUUACAUCCUCCGAUUGCAUGUGACAUGUCUCUUACUGCGGCUCGCUCGCUAUUCUGUUUGCGUUUGCGGUUGCGGUUGUUACAUAACUUGUCAUGGUUAUAUUAUUACAGGAGAUAACGUCUAGGCGUGUAUCCGGAGAUGUAGUUGAUGGGUGGCUUAGUGUUAAAUAUCAUGUUAGUGAAUGCAAAAAGUUAGCGAAGCGACGUGAGGCGCCCGAUGCGGGGCGUUCAGUGCGUACGUUACUCGCUAGCUAGAGUGAUAGCGCUCAGGCGGCGGCGAGAUGAGGUCGAGAGGCGUUUGCGUUGCGCAACACCGGUGCGGACUCGGCCCCCUGCGUUAUCCAGUCGCAAUACUUGAGCGUACCCUUGUGCCGCACGCAGCGCCCGCCUCGUGCAGGCGGAGCUAACACUCGAAGGCGACACGGCUGCGGGCCGCACGAGUAGGCGUUGCGGUGAGGUUUGUUUGCGGCACGUGUGACAAGAGUUAGCUUACGCAUCGGCGCGCCGCAGACGAGGAGAACGUUACAAUC